GAGCAGCUAAAGGCUUUGGACCGGGAAAUAAACACGUUUGUGGAUUAUAUGUUUGGGUCUCGAGAUUCCAGGGUCAGAGGAUGGCUCCUGUUGGAUUCUUACCUACCCACAUUUUUCCUUACUGUAAUAUAUCUACUAUCCAUAUGGCUUGGCACCAUGUUUAUGAAGAACAGGCCUGCAUUCUCUCUCAGGGGUCAUCUCAUUGUAUAUAACCUUGGAGUUACAGUGCUUUCCUUGUACAUGCUCAUAGAGCUUAUUCUCUCCAGCUGGGAAGGCGGCUAUAACUUACAGUGUCAGAACCUUGUCAGCGCAGGAGAAGCUGAUAUCCGGGUGGCCAAGGUGUUGUGGUGGUAUUAUUUUUCCAAAGCAAUUGAAUUCACAGACACUAUUUUCUUUGUACUGAGGAAGAAAAAUAGUCAAAUUACUUUCCUUCAUGUAUAUCAUCAUGCCACUAUGUUUAACAUUUGGUGGUGUGUUCUGAACUGGAUACCUUGUGGACAAAGUUUCUUUGGUCCCACUUUGAACAGUUUUAUCCAUGUUCUCAUGUACUCCUACUAUGGAUUGUCUGUCAUUCCUUCUAUGCGCAAGUAUCUGUGGUGGAAGAAAUACCUCACUCAGGCACAAUUGAUUCAAUUUCUACUCACCAUUAUCCACACACUUAGUGCCGCUGUGAAGCCUUGUGGAUUUCCAUUUGGUUGUCUCAUGUUCCAGUCUUCAUACAUGGCAACGCUGGUUAUUCUGUUUAUAAACUUUUAUAUUAAGACAUACCAGAAAAGGCCUUCAAGAACCGAUAUGAAGAAGAUUCCUCCUGCGACAGAAAUCAGGAAUGGUUUCCAUAAGGACUAUUUCGCUGCAGCCAAUGGUGUUCUGAACAAUAAGAAAGCACAAUAAGUACAGUAAUUCAAUACUACACUGUAGUAUUUUUCAUUUUUUCUAAUAAAAGAGAGAGACUGAAUUACAAGACAGUUUUAGUGUAGACUCUGACUCAGCUUGGUUACAUUUAUCAGAUCUUUGUACCAGACAUUUAUUAACGUAUUACUAUUUAGAUUUUAACAACGUGUAGCUUUAAGUGCUUUGCCCAAGAUCACCAUCAAAAUGAGAGGCCACUGGAAACAUCAUAUCCUUCCCACGUGCAAAAAAACAAAACAAAAAAACCAAACCAUUCUACAAUCUCGAAUGCUGUUAAAAUGCCUUACAAAACAUUUCACUGGAAACCCCAAAGAGAGAUCACAUUUUCAAGGUAGCCAUCAACAGAUCACGUUUUACUCAGACUAAAAAGUUUUGGCAUGUCCUAAACACACAGAAGGCCGCCAGAACAGGUUUGUUAUACUCUGCUGAGUUAUGCUGAAAGGCAGCUACAUGAUCAAUGGUUUUGACUAAUUUAGACGUGGAAAUCAAAGAGGGUAGAUAAUUUAAAAUUAAUGCCUGACACCAUCAGCACUCCAGUUUUGUACCUUCACAGCCUCUCUCAAAAUAGGGAGGAACUGGUUUAGAAUUUGAAAGUGGAAGGCAGCUUGGGUGAAAGUGAUCAUGAAAUCAUAGAGUUCACAAUUCUAAGG